GGCGCGUCAGCUAGGCUGGGGCUGCUGGACGUGGGGUCUCACAGCAUGUAACCUCCCAACUCUGCGAAUGGAAACGUCGAGAGGGUCAGAGGGCGCGGGAGCCGGGCGGGCGCCGUUGCGGCCGCGAGGGGCGGGCGCGGCCGGGCGGACGUCACACUGGGACGUUCCAGCGCUGCCGCAUCCCCGCUGCGAGGCGUGAAAAGCCGUGCGUGGGCAAGGUUGAAAGCGUUCUUCCCUCUCCCUCGUUACCCAGUGCGGAGGGAGGCAGCCCGAAAUCCUUAAUGUGGAGCCGAGCAGCGAUGGAGCCUGGAAGUGAGCACACGUGUGCGACCUGAAAAGUUUGUUGCGUUGUUGUGAGGUGAAAAUAAGACAGUUGCCUUUCAGAAGUCUGAAAUUUGACAUACGACUGAAAAUUUAAGGAAAAAAAAACACUUGAGAAUUUUUGCCAGUAGCCCCAGUGACACCUCUUUUAACACCCAUCCUAGAACAGCUUAGGAGUGUCUCUGGAAUAUCUAUCCAAACAUUUGAACAAGUUUUUUUUGGUUGUUGUUUUCAAGUCUAGCAUAAGUCGGGUAAGGACAGAAUGAAAGAUGAAAAAAGGCAGCCUAACUUUAAAAAAAAGGAAAUUGGUAGAUUAUGCCAUAUGAACAAAGUUGUAAAAGUGUUAUAAUUGGGAGUUCUAGGUUUGCAAACAAAACAUUUUGGAGGAAUAAGGCGCUGGCGGUUUUUUGUAUUUGGAAAACAAAAGAAGGAUGUUUCAGACCCCCUUCACCACAGCCCAGGCAGCAUUUCCGUAUUUGGAAGACAGAGGAAAAGAUGUCAACGUUGGAAAUUACUCACAGAAUGUACCAACUCAGCCAGUUGACACCAGCAUUUCUUCCUUCAGACAAUUUGAACCCCUUUGCAAAUUUCAUCAGACAGAAGCAUUUAAUAAUGAAAUGAUAACAUUUCAAAAUCUGACAGAAGGCUUAUCUUAUACAGAGGAGCCAGAAUUGCAACGUCAUGUAUAUAAUUAUGCAGAAGACACCAAUAUACAGGAAGAUUCAUUUAAGGAAGAAAAUCCAAAGGGAACUAGCACUUCCACAAAUAAAGAUCAACUUGUUCUUGAGUGUGUCAGACAACCUCCUAGAAGCCCACCUCUAAUCCACUGCAGUGGAGAGAUGCUGAAAUUCAUGGAAAUGUCACUGGCUAAUAGUACUGCCAUGGAAUCUGCCCUCAACCCUAGUCAACCUCAAGGCUUCUUGUGUGAGGAAAAUUUACACAGUGAUGUUGAACAGCCACUUUAUAAGGAGAAUAGCUUUAACCUGCUUGAUCUGAGAGCUAAUUAUAAAACAGAGGAGAUUGCAGGUUCUUCAAAAGGAAUACAGAAUCCUACGGAUAUUCCUGAGAUGUCAGUCAGGCACCAAAAGGAAGUUGCAGUGGAGGGGAGGGAGAGUCCAGAGAUUGUCUCAACUUGGUCUCCGACAGGCAUUUCUUGGAGUGGUGGAGCAGCUCGGGAGAACUGCAUGACACCCGACACAGAGCAGAGCUUGGAAAGCUCACAACCUCUGGAAGAGGACAUGGCUUUAAACGAAGUCCUACGAAAAUUAAAACGUACUAACAAAGAACAGCAAACUCUGAUCCAAGACCUACAGCAUAGUAACAUGUAUUUAGAGAAGAAGGUUGAAGAACUGCAGAUGAAGACAACUAAACAGCACGUGUUCGUGGACAUCAUCAAUAAGCUAAAGGAGAAUGUUGAAGAAUUAAUUGAAGACAAAUACAGAGUAAUGCUAGAGAAGAAUGAUACAGAGAAGACAUUGCAGGAUUUGCAUGAGAUUUUAGUUAACACCCAAAAACAUCUUCAGGAAUCCAGGAAUGAAAAGGAAACCUUACAGCUAGAGUUUAAGAAGAUCAAGGGCAAUUAUGUUAGUCUACAGGAAAGGUACAUGACUGAAAUGCAACAAAAAAAUAAAGCUGCAAAUCAGUGCAUGGAGAUGGACAGAGCCUUAAGCAAGAAAGAAGAAGAGGUAGAGAGGCUGCAGCAACUCAAAGGAGAACUGGAAAAGGCCACCACUUCUGCUCUGGACUUGUUGAAAAAGGAAAAAGAGACCCGAGAACAAGAGUUCCUGUCUUUACAGGAGGAAUUUCAGAAACGUGAAAAGGAAAACCUGGGUGAAAGACAGAAACUGAAAUCUAGACUUGAGAAAUUGGUCGCUCAAGUUCAAAAUUUGCAGUUCAUAUCCGACAAUGAAAAGGCUAAGAAUACAGAACUCCAGCAGCAGAUCAACAAAGUAAAAAAUGAAAACUCAAAACUUCAGCAGCAGGUUGGAAGGAGUGAGGAGCAAAAUUAUGUCCCUAAAUGUGAGAUAGCUCAACUCAAGGAGAACUUAGAGGAAGGAAUAGAGUCAGAUAUGGCAAAGGAUGCAAAGAUGAUACAUUCUAAUUUGUUCCUGAAUCACUCACCUUGUGAAGGAGAGAGCCUGAAUCCCCCAGACAUGAAAAGAACUUCGCAGCUGACCUCCAAAAUUUGCAAUCUUCUGGCUCUGAUGGUACGACUUCUCAUGUGCCAGGACAUCACCAAUCCCGAUGCCGAACAUUUCAAAGAGAAUGAGAAAGUUAGUGAUAUCAUGCUACAAAAAUUGAAGAGUUUUCAUCUUAAAAAGAAAAAGUUAGAUAAAGAGCUACUGAAACAUAAAGACAGAAUCACAGCUUUCAGAGAGUUAAUUGCUAAUGAAAAAUCAUUUCAAGAUCAGGAUACUGAGGUUACAGACUUUGAUUCAAAUGAAGCCAAGAAUGUCGGAGACGUACCUGUCUUACUGGGAGCCAAACUGGAUCAGUACCACAACCUAAACGAAGAGCUUGAUUUCUUGAUUGCAAAAUUGGGAAAUCUUCUAGAGUUAAAAGAAGACCACUGCAACAGACUCAUUGAAGAAAAUGACAAGUAUCAAAGACAUUUAGGCAACUUAAUAAAUAAGGUUACAUCAUACGAAGAAAUUAUCGAAUGUGCUGACCGAAGGCUCAUGAUAUCGAACUCCCAGAUUGCACAUUUAGAAGAGAGAAAUAAACAUUUGGAAGAUUUAAUUAGAAGGCCCAGAGAGAGAGCCAGAAAACCAAGACUGAGAAGUCAUCCGAAGUCCAUGACCGUGGUAGGUCAUACUGAUGAUAAUUAUAAAGAAUGCUAUAUUCCCAUGUAAUUGUCAAAUUACACAAAAUUAAAUAUGAGUUCCUGAAGUUAUGUUUCAGUAAUGUUCAGCUUAGCUUUCCCCUCUGCCCUCAGAUGAGGGCCUCUUUUGCCUCUGAUUGUAGUUGGUUCUGUAACUGGAAGCCUUAAUUUCAUCCCCACGGCUACUGCUUCAUG